CCACUCACCAUGAUCCCACGGUUCCUCCGCACCUUUCUCAUCAUCUCGGCCAUCAUCAUCGUCUCGACCCUCUACGUCCUCUAUCCGCUUCAUACUUCCUUUCAACAGACAUCACCGUCGACGUGGGAAGGGCAGGAAGGAGGCGAGCGACAAAGGGUCGUCGAUGCAGAUAACAUGGAGGACGAGCGUUACGGGUACGAGACCACGAUACCCGGCACAAGCUCUCAAGUACAUGGUGCCCACGCACACAAGCCCGAUCUACACAAGCUCGAAACGGGUGGGGUGAUCAUGUCUAAACUGGGCAAUGCAACGGCAAAAGCGGAACUGGGCCGAGCAGCCUGGAAGGUACUACACACGAUGACCCUGAGAUUCCCCGAGAGUCCGACGCAGGACGAACGAGAUGCGCUCAAGAGCUACAUGCACCUAUUCGCCCGCUUGUACCCGUGCGGCGAGUGCGCUCAAGAGUUUCAGACGCUGUUGAAGGAAUAUCCUCCUCAGACGAGUUCGAGAAAAGCGGCUUCGGUCUGGUUGUGCUCGGUUCACAACCUGGUCAAUGCGCGAUUGGGCAAGGAAGAAUUCGAUUGCAAUGCGCUCGAAGGGACGUAUGACUGUGGGUGUGGUGGGGAGGAGGAGGCGAAUGCGAGCGAUGUCAGCGAGUCCGGGUCUCCUACCUUGACGAGGUCAUAACGCACGGAUAUACUGGAACAUCGGCCUACAUGCUACAGUAUAUGAAUCGACAGUGUGACCGGGGCGUUCGGUUGCGCAACAAGUUGUAACAUGUCAUCAAGACGAGAUCGGAUUUGCAAAUAACCAUACCACACGGGAGCGCCGGAGCGGAUCCUUCGUCUUGGUCUUUCUCGAUUCGUUUUCGCUAGAUUCGGAAGAUCCACCAUCUCUACGAGAUUCCGUCCCGUCGACGACGGAAGUCGAUAAGGAAGGGGAGGCAGUAAAAAAGGGGAUGAAAGUGGGUUGUCUAUCCGCGGUGUUCCCCCUCAUAUUCGACGGAAAUGAAAUCGAAAUCGCGGAUCGCGGGCGCAUUUGACCGAACAUGCUCCCACAAUCACUCCGUCCUCUCUCUCUCCCUCUCCCAGCCACGAAAAACCCCAACUCCCCAUCGCUAUAUAGAGCCAAGGCUUGAUACCCACCCGCACUCAUAUACUAUUGCUCUUGCAACGCUC